CACGAAGAAGCCUUCAUCUCAUGCUAAAAAAGUUGAGAGCGUCAGUCAGAACACAGUGCAGCCACCGACCGCAAGGCUCCAGCGAUGAUGCCACGUCACAUUUUUCUGUUCCUUCUCAGUGAAAUCUAUCAGGUUUCAGCAGCUACGUCUGAUGUAAAACAGGGCAGCGGGGUGAUAACAGCAACACUCGGGCAGAAUGUGACUCUGCCCUGCUCGUGUGAAAAUGAUGCUGUGACUUUCUUUACUUGGUACCAACAGCACUUGGGAGACAAACCUGUCAUCAUAUCAACUCUGAUGAAGCACAAAAAAGAAGCUUCCAUCUCUCCAGCGUACAAAGAGAGGUUUAAAGUGGCAGGACAAGGAGGCGUCAACAAUCUUGUAAUCAGAGACGUUCUCUUGUCAGAUUCAGCGAUAUACUACUGUGGGAUUUUAGAAUACAACACAGUUGAAUUUGGGAAAGGAGUCUUUCUACAUGUCAAAUCAUCAUCAUCCAAAACCAAAACUGUCGUCCAUCAGUCAGCGUUAGGGCCACUCCGGGUGGGAGAUUCUGUGAAUUUGAGCUGUACAGUGCACGCUGAAUCAUGUGCUGAGCAGCAGAGCUUCUACUGGUUCAGACAUGGUGCAGCUCAGCCUGCAAUUAUAUAUCACAAUGCAGGGGAGUGUAUUAAAGACCCAGGGUCUCACAUGAGAAACUGCACUUUAAACCUCCCAUUAAAGUCUGUGAGCUCCUCUGAUGCAGGGAUGUACUACUGUGCUCUGGCUUCAUGUGGGGAGGUUGUCUUUGGAAAUGGAACACGAGUACAGAUUGGAGGAGAUUCAGCCAACGUCCCCUCUCUCCUUGCGUAUUUCUUGAGUGUGGCAUUGGCAGUUUUCAUCAUCGUGCUACUUGUCUUGACUGUGAUCAUGCAAAAGUUGAAGAACAAGUCAUGCUCCACCUGCAAAGGUUCUGCAGCUUCUGAGGCCACGGGAGGUGAAUUAAAUAGCCAUGAUGCAGACCAUCUCCACUAUGCAGCUCUGAGUCUGAACAGAACGACUAAGCGACAUCGCCAAAAGGACAACGUGACGGCAGACUGUGUUUACUCCAGAGUGAGAAGAGAGUGAAAAAGGACUUUGUCUUUACGUUUUAUCCCUUUUAACUAAUCUGUCAGUCAUUUCACAUGACUAAAUGUAACAGAAAAUUCAGUUGAAGAAAAUAAACAAUAUCUAGAGUGA